CAGACCUUUUUACUGUUAGACACUCUCCCGAGAACCGUACGAGUUCGCCGCUUCGUACAUUGUUCCGUGGUGUGUCCUCUCUUUCUGGAUUGCACCAUGAGAAUACGGGCGACGCUCAAGCCCAAGCGGCGCACGCGAUUGGCUCUGUCGGCGACGGCGUCGAUCUUGAUCCUUUGUAUGGUCGUGUCGAUGCAACCGCUUCAUCAGCAGAAUACGAUUGAAGCCCGCCAUCCACUGGUAGCCGUACAUCGUCAAACAUCCAUUGAGAGCGUUCGUGUGCUGAGUUUCGGAGGAAGCUCGACGUACGGUGAGGGAUUGGAUUCCUAUACACAGAGCUAUCCCUACCGACUCUCCAAGACAACGAGGAAUGCAGCCGUACGGUCACGGGACCUGACCAUGACUGCUGCUUGCACUCAGUCUAUUGUAAAAGAAGACGUUUUUGACGUUAUAACGAUUGAAGCUGGCACCAAUACCGCAACAACCGAAGUUUUGUUGAAACGUGUACGGCUUCGAUUUCCGCACGCAAAAAUUGUGUUGAUUCAGAUUUGGCAUCCUAGUGAUGUUCUAUACCUUAAUGAUACGGGCAAAUACGUCGAUCUAUCAACCUACAGACGGCAACGUGGUUUGAAAUUAGGCGAUAAAGAAUUGUAUGAGUCGAUUCUUACCGACACAGAUCCUGCUAGAUGGUCGAUUGCUACUGAUGAGAAUCUCGCGGGGGUCGCCGCUCUUUAUCAGGCGACGUUUCGUGCAAUGCCCCUACCGCCUGCUGAUAUAUUUGAAUACCCGCAAACUAUGCUCCGUUACAUGGAAAUUUUUGAAGAGGACGGGGACAAUUUGAAUGCACUGGGACACGCAAAGGUUUUUGAACUUUUGCGCCCGUAUCUCGAAGAAGAUCCUCGUUCGAAUCCGUUACGCAACGAAGUCGGCUCCUGGGGCUCUGGAGACCGAUGUGAGCUAUGGUAUCAACAUGGUAACCUUCAAAUAAACAAUUUACGGCACGGAUCCAUAGCGGAGUUUGGGCACGAAGGAGCUCAUCAUAAACAUGCCCUGGAAAUUCGCCAGGAAGGCUUUCGAUUCACGAUUUUGAACCCUUUUGCAGACGAUCGAAUGCUUUAUUUGACCUACAUGACUUCCAGAGAUGAUUUGGUUGACAAAAUUUAUCCGAAAACGAGAAUAGCGCUAAACGGGGCUGCGUUGGUUCGACUUGACCCUUUUCACGAGGAUUCACAAUCUCAUCAAUUGACGAGGACUUCCGCCGUGGGUCAUGUUUCGCCUGGGGCAAAUGUCGUAGAGCUGCAACCCAUGGAGGAAUCACCUCACCCGUUUCGCUUGGUUGGAAUUAGCCUCAUUGCAACUGAACUAAACCCUUCAUUCCUCGAAUUUGGAUUGGAAGCCGAGCCUGCUCCCGAAGAAAUUGCUCUGACUUUUGGAAAGCUUUGGUAG